GAGACCGCCAUGUCGAACGAAGGUCUCUCCACCGGCAAGACCGUGGCUAUCCUCGCCACGGUCGUCAUCUGCCUGUCGGUGCUAUGGCCGAAAUGUUUCUAUCCUAUGUUCCUGACAGCUCUGAAUCGCAACGACGAUACAGCCGGUCUCCCACCUUGGAGACCCCCGAGAGGCGCGAUGGCAGCCCGGCUGGCGGAGAACGGGAGGAGCAUCCCCAAUCCCAGUAUGCGCGGUCGUCACAAAGAUCCAGCGCCCUCCACGUUCAACGUCUUCAUGCCGGUGUACACUAUGGUCAUGAUUCUGGUUUUUGUCUUCAUGAUCUUCAAAAUAAUAUCCAGAUCCAGUUCUCGGAAAACCCGCUCGGAAAACGGAAGAAUACCUAGCGACUUUCCGAACCAGGCCGGGCAGCGUGUUUCGGAUGGUGUUGGACAGAACAAUAACUUCGAGGGUCCAAAGAGGAAUCGCAAGAAUCUCCGGGAUGCCUUCCUGAACAAUACCGAGCGUAUUCUGAGAACCUAUGGUAGAGAGAAGAUGGUGGACGCUCUCAACGUCGUGGUACACGAGCUCGCCGAGUACCAACGGGCUAUUGAGCUGUCUCAGCAAAUUGAGGAUAAAAUCCUUGAGAAAGAGGCAAAGAUAAAGCGGAUGUUAGGUGAAAAAUAUGUCGCCCAACCUGGGGCUGAGGCGGAACCUCAGGCUCAGCCGCUAGAAGAGUCGGGACCUGACUCAGAGGCGCAAACAGGAGCGGAUCGACAGCCAGAAGUGCAGGGAGAGCCAGAGACCGAGAUGAUGGACGAGCGAGAUUUGAUUUCCGAAGACCCGACCGAUAGCGGAGGCUGCGAAUCGGACAGCAGCGCUGUUGAGGUUGUGGAGCCGCCACUCGAUUCUGAAAACGUCAAUUGCUCGAGCAGUCAGUCGGAUGCGAGCCCCGAGCCCAUCGAAAAGAUUAUAGAAGCAACAGAGCUGAGCGAGAUUUGCCGCAAUAGUGAAGGUCUGCAAUUCAUUGAUCACGUCACGGAGAUCAAGCCUGGCGAAAGUUUAAGCUGCUACGACGAGCUGAUUUACGGCGAAUCCGUUGCGGCUCCUAUUCAAGCUCCAGAAACGGAAAUGUUCAAAGAUUACGAGCACUGGCAGUCGAUCUCGCCCGAGGAGCUAUUCCAAGCCACCUCAUUCGAGACAACACAUUACAAGGAGACCGCCAGGAGCCGGAAUUUGAGGCGGAGGAAGCAUAGGAACUUCGAGACGCACUGA